AUGACUGCGAUCAUCAAAUCCCUGCUGCUCGUCUGUGUGUUUGUGCUGCCUCUGCAAACACUCGCGCUGCCGCUGCGCAACAGAUCGAGUUUUCCCAGCAAACCCGGGAAGCUUCCAGAAACACAGGGUGGUAAUGCCAUGGAAACCAUCACCGUUCCUUCAAUAGCUUUGAGUGCCGGGGCAAGAGAGCGCCGUGCGGUCUGGAGGGCCCUCUUGCAUAAAGGACCCCCGGUGAAACAGACCAACACACCGGCCAAUCAAAACAGGGAACAUUUCCGGGAACGUCGGCAUGUCCUCAGAGGGUCACGAGGUCACCCGCAGGGUCAGCUGAUGCGUGUGGGAUGCGUCCUCGGCACAUGCCAGGUACAAAACCUCAGCCACCGCCUCUAUCAGCUGAACGGCCAAAGUGGACGGCAAGACGCGCCAAUCAAUCCCAGAAGUCCACAUAGUUAUGGAUAAGACCACACAGUAAAAAUCUAUCCAAAAAUGUGACUACAGAAGACCACCGACACCAAUCAACAACUGGCGUGAUCAAUUUACAGGAGUCCUGUCAUGAGAAAUCAAAUUCU